AUGCAAAACGAUUGGAAUAAGUGCAUCAGAAAGGAAAUAAAUGAUUUCAAAUGGCUUCCAUCAAAAAAUGCAAGAAUAUGCAGUGACCAUUUCUGUAAUAAAGAUUAUAAGGGUUAUGAUGGAGAAAGGAAGGUAAUGCUGAAGAAAGCAUUCCCAUGUUUUCAACAAUAUUCCGAAAUUAGUAAAUAUACGAUCGUAACUUUUGACUUGGGCGAUAAAAAAUCAUCCUCCAAUUUUCCUCCGAAAGUCUUUAUAGAGGCGUUGUACAAGUCACAAUAUUGUAGAGGCCUCGCACAAGUCACAAAAUUUCGAUUAUGGGUGUAA